UUUACAUUUAGUCAUUGUUGUUUAAGUAUGUCCUUCUGGAGUUGCCGUAGUUAGUAUUGCAUCAGAAUAAAUUCAAGAGGAAGCUGUGUAUUUCCCUGCCAUGCAGUUGUACAAAGGCCUUGAAAAUAUAUGUCUUUUUACAGUGCUUUCUUCAAGUAAAUCACACUCAAACGAAGUCUGGUAUAUGAGUCGUUCUUGGAGGAACCUGUUAGCUGUCUGCCAAGCUAGUCAGGCUCGAGCACUUCAACAGUUAUUCUAGUUGGGGCAGAACAGUAAAAAGACAUCGCUUCUGCCGGGCCUUCUGAACUCUAUGGGAAAUACAAACCCAAGUCACCAGCAAACUCCAGCUUAUUAGUGCAAAUACAGACAGGUGUUCACAAUGACUCAACCUAGUAAUGAGGAAGACAUGGGUGAACAGCUAGAAACAAGAUCAUGUUGCUCCAGGGCUUCACGUUCCAGUCAGUUUUCAUCAGCCAGUGGAAUGGCUAUCAGAGCACGUGCAAAGGCAGAGGCAGCACGGGCGCAAUUGGUAUUUGCUAAAAAGGAAGCAGAGAUGAUGAGAGAAGAAGCUUACAUUGUGGAAGAAGCAGCUAGAAAGAAAGCUGAGCUUAAAGCAAACCUACACACACUGCAGUUAGAAAGAGUAGCAGCAGCUGCCAUUGCUGAAGCAGAAGUGCUGGAGGCAGCUGCUGAAGAACAGCUUAGAGAGACAGAUCGUAAAAGUUCCAUAAGUUUGUCGGUACAGAAUCUAGCACAGUUUUCUAGUGAAGGUGUUACCUCUACUGGCAUGCAGCACUCAGUCCCAAAUCCACUUCCAGACUUAAAGGCACUUGAUCUCUCAUGUCCACCAUUGCCCCAACAGAAAAAGGACAAUGGUGAAACAGCAAGAAGCUAUAUGAGAAGGAGUCAUGUGCAGUCAAGUGAAAUCAGUGACUAUGAGUUCAGUGAGUUACCUGCCCAACAUCCUGUAAAGAAAAGCACUAAUUGGAAUUCUGUUAGCGAUCCUUUUAUUGUAAGCUCUCCAAGAGAUCCCUACCACUACAGUGAUCAGCCACAAGGUGCAAGAAUGCAGCAUAAUGAUUUGCAGUCCAGUCGGUGGCAAGCAAACCCAUCAACUCAGAUGGAUCUAACAAGAUAUCUACUGCGAAGAGAAAUGGUAAGCUCAGGCCUAUUAAAAUUUGAUGAUCAUGCAGAGAAUUACUGGGCUUGGAAGGCAUCCUUUCUUGGUGCCACUGAAGAUUUGAAUCUCUCACCCACAGAGGAACUUGACUUGCUUUGUAAAUGGCUGGGACCAUCGUCCUCAGAGCAGGCUCGUAGAAUCAGAGCAGUCCACAUUCAAAAACCCAGUGCUGGUCUUAGAAUGUUAUGGCAAAGACUAGAAGACAUCUAUGGUUCAUCAGAAGUAAUAGAAAAUGCCUUACUCAAAAAGGUUGAACAAUUCCCAAGUAUCUCAAUCCGUGAUAAUCUUAAACUAAGGGAACUGGGUGAUACCCUGAUGGAACUUGAAGCAGCAUGUGCUGAUGGUUACUUACCGGGCCUUGCUUAUCUCAACACAUCUCGAGGAGUCAACCCAAUCGCGCAGAAGCUUCCACAAUACCUGCAAGAGAGAUGGAUCACUUUAGGGGCGCAAUAUAAAGAGCAUAAUGGUGUGCCUUACCCUCCAUUUUCAGUCUUUGUGAAGUUUGUCUGCGAUCAGGCUAAAGUCCGCAACGAUCCGAGUUUCGCUGAUAUCGCUGUUGGAAGUUCAAGCGCUAUUAAGUUUGAGAGAGGUCCCCUACAUAAGCCAUAUGUGAAACCUACAGUAGCCACCAGGAGAACAGAAGUCUCUACAAAUCUUGAAAACGCUCAUGCAAAGGCUCCAGAGAAAAAGGUAAAUGACCCUGAUAAGCAAUGCCCUCUUCAUAACAAACCCCAUCCAUUGAGAAAAUGUCGUAGCUUCAGAGGCAAGACGUUAGAUGAGAGGAAAACUUAG